AAUCUGAUGUUCUAGUCUUGCAAUAUUAUUUUUAUUAUUGUUUGCCACACCCACAUACAGCGAUAGGCAAUUCCGUUUCACUUUGUUAGUUUAAAAACCCGGAAGGUACUUAGAAGAUCGAGUUUGUCAAGGUUGUGCUGUAGAUGAUGUAUCAGUGGUUCGAGCAUUGCAACAGUUAACUAAGAAGUUGCGUGUUUAAAUGCCAGUGAAUGCACCAACUGUUAAGAUUUAUAGCUUGAAUGUAAUGUAUGUCGCUUUGGAUAUAUGCAUCUGCUAAAUGCAUAACUGCAAAUCACAGGUCAUAAUCUACAGCACAUCCGUAAAUGAAAACAAUUUUUUACCUUUUUUAUGUUAAUUUUUUCACGACCUUGGAUUUGUGCAUAUUUUCUCUUUCAUCUGCUGUACUUCGUUGUGAACGUUUUGUUGUCAGGUUAAUCAUACAGUAAAAUAAACAGCUAAACAGCACAUGAGCCUCAAGAAACAAGAUGGAUGAUGAUGCUUCAGAUGUUGCUAUUGUUGGCAUUGGAUGCCAUUUCCCAGGAGGUGAGGGACUUGAAAACUUCUGGAGGGUCCUUAUUAAUGGAAAGAACUGUGCCGUACAAAUACCAAAUGACAGAUUUGACCUCAGUCAAUGGUACGAUUCAGAUGACAGUAAGCCGGGAAAAACUUACACAGCAAAAGCAGCACUUAUUGAUGGUUUAAAUGAAUUUGACUACAAGUUCUUUGGCAUCACUGAAGCUGAAUCAUCCUGCAUGGACCCUCAGCAUAAACUUUUGCUACAGUGCACAUACAGAGCCCUCGAGGAUGCUGGGAUACCAAUGGAAAAGGCCAGUGGAACAAGUACAGGAGUGUUUUUGGGUGUAAUGAACAGAGACUUUGAGUUGGGCAAUGUGAAGAUUAGUCCAAAGAUCAUAAACCACUCUUCUUCUACUGGUUCAGCGAUGAGCAUAGCUGCCAACCGCAUCUCCUACACAUUUAACUUCACUGGUCCUUCACUGUCGAUUGACUGUGCCUGCUCCUCAUCACUUGUUGCCCUUCACUUUGCUUGUCAGGCCAUAAAACAAGGUGACUGUGAAAUGGCUAUGUGUGGGGGUGUGACCUGCAUAUUGGAGCCAACAGUCUUUGUGGCUCUCUCCAAGGCAAAGAUGAUCUCCCCUGAAGGCACCAGUAAACCUUUCAGUAUGAAAGCAGAUGGCUAUGGGAGAGGUGAAGGCUGUGGGGUUGUUCUCCUAAAGCCUCUGAAAAAAGCUCUCCAAGAUCAUGAUCAUAUCUGGGGCAUCAUUAGCAAAACAGCAGUAAAUCAAGAUGGCCACACUGUUAGCCCAAUCACCAAACCAUCCAUGAUACAGCAGGAAGAGCUGCUUCGAAAAAUCUACUCAACAGACACUGAUCUGACUAGUGUCCAGUACAUUGAGGGUCAUGGGACGGGAACUCCUGUUGGAGAUCAAGUAGAGGCAGGUAGUAUUUCGAAAGUAAUUUCCAAAGCAAGACCUCAUGAAUCUGGACCACUCAUCAUUGGUUCUGUUAAAAGCAACAUUGGACACACAGAAUCUGCAUCAGGUGUAGCCGGACUUAUAAAGAUUAUUUUGAUGAUGAAGCAUGAAACCUUUGUGCCCUCAGUGUUCUUCUCAGAAGAUAAUUCCAGUAUAGACACUAAAUCUCUCAAUCUAAAAAUCCCCACUACAGCAGAGAAAUGGCUGAGUGAAAAUGCAGUGAGAACUGCUGGGGUCAAUAAUUUUGGGUUCGGUGGAACAAAUGCACAUGCAUUAGUCAGACAGUAUGUGCAGUCAAAGAAACCAAGAGAUCAGAUCAGGAAAUCACAUCAAUUCUUUGUAAUAUCUGCAGCCUCUGAAAAAUCAUUAAGAAAUAUUAUGGAAGAUACUGCAGAACAGAUUAGUGCUGGGAAUAUAACAGAUCUACAAUCUUUACUGUUCACAGCUGCUUGUAGAAGAAGUCACUUAAAACACAAAUAUAGGAAAGUAUUUCAGACAUCAUCCUUGACAGACCUUAAAGAGACAAUUGCCGAUGUGCUAAAGAAAAAGCUUGUACAUUCAAAGACAAACUCCAUGUUAGUCUUUGUGUUUUGCGGGAAUGGUGUAUCAUAUUCUGGUAUGUGCAAGCAGCUCCUAAAACAAGAACCUGUUUUUAGAGAAGUCGUCAUGAAGAUAGAAAGCCUGAUGCAGAGCUACACAAGUUUGAACCUGAUGGAGAAGUUAGAAAGCAAAUCUGAUGACUUCACUGAUCCAAAAAUUGUCCAGCCUCUCCUGUUUGCUAUUCAGGUUGCAAUAUCUUGCGUCCUGAGGCAAUGGGGCAUAAGUCCUGAUGCUGUGCUUGGGCACUCCAUUGGAGAGGUCGCUGCAGCUCAUUGUUCUGGUUUGUUGUCACUCGAGGAUGCAGUCAAAGUCAUCCAUUAUCGCAGUUCUUUGCAAAGCACAGUGACAGGAGGAAAGAUGCUGGUUGUCAGUAAUAUGGCUGUAUCUGAAAUCUUGAAACACCUUCCAUCUUACUCAGGAAGGGUUUGUUUGGCUGCUUACAAUAGCCCACAGUCAUGCACCCUUUCAGGCAAUGCAGAUGACAUUGACAGAUUGCAUAAAAAUUUAAGCAACUCAGCCAAAGAAAAAGAUCUGUUCCUUCACAUUCUGGAUGUUCCUGCUGCCUAUCACAGCCACAUGAUGGAUCCUAUUGUACCCAAAGUGAAAGAGAAUAUAGGCUCAUUACAGAGACACAAUCUGCUGACAGAAUUGUUCUCAACAGUGACCGGUGAAAGUUUGUGCUCCUCAGAUUUUAUUACUGGUGAAUACUGGGCAAGAAAUAUCAGGGAACCAGUUGCAUUUGAACAAGCAGUAAGAUCAGCAACUAAAAACAAGAGGAAUGUGAUCUUUGUUGAGAUUGGCCCAAGAAGAUCUUUGCAGAGGUACAUCACAGAGACUCUGGGUAGUGAUGUCACUGUGCUUCCCUCAGUACAGCCAGAUAAAGAUCAUGAGACAUUGCUUGCUGUUGUAUCCAAAUUGUUUGAGCUCGGAGUCAAAGUGGACUGGGAAAUGUUUUACAAAGGUUUUGAGACUGAACCAUUUCAUCACCCACGCUAUCAGUUUGAUAAUGUGAAGAAAGAUGUCUUCUUCUCUAAAGUCCAGUUGGCUAGUUCUACCAGCAACCACCCAGUAAUUACACCACUGAGUUCAGACAGUUCAGUUUUCAGCUGUGAUUUUUUAUCUGACUCAGUUGCCUUCCUGCAGGACCACAAACAUAAUGGUGUUGCUAUCCUUCCUGGAGCAUUUCAUGCUGAAUUGGGCCUAGCAGCUUUCAUGAUGUAUGCGAAACCGAAGGUCCCACUCAGUUCUCUGCAGCUCAGCGUCACAUUUCACAGUCCAUUUGUUCUCACUCAGAAUGCCCCAGAAGUAAAAGUAAUUCUUGAUUCGUCAGGCAAUUUAGGACAGAACACAUGCAGCUUUCGAGUACAAUCCACUUCUGCAAUCUAUGCAUCGGGCACAGUACAGGCAAAACCAGACAGAUUACCUGAAGAGCAGUUAAUUUCUCUUGACAACAUCAUUAAAAGAUGCUCAAUAAUUCUGAAGAGUGAAGAGCUCUACAACUAUCUUAGUCAGGCAGGAUUUGAGUACAGCUCAGUUUUCAGAAAUAAGGCAGAAAUUUGCUGUGGGGAGGAAUUUAGAGAGUGUUUGUCUGUUUUGAAGAUUCCCAAAACAUUAUUGUCCCAGCUACAUGACUAUUACCUUCACCCUGUUGUCUUGGAUUGCUUGAUGCAACUUACUAUUGGAACUAUAAUACAAAGGCUUUCACCAAGACCUCAGUUUCCUGCAAAAAUAGGUAGCUUGACUGUAUUUGAACCAUUGCAAGAGGAGAUGGUUAUAUAUUUGAGGGAAACACAUAGAGGGGAUGAUGAUUUUGACGUUUGUGGCUGCUUAACCAACAAACAAGGCAAGGUUUUGGUUGAGCUCAGCCAUGUGCAGAUCAAAAUGCUGGGAAGUCGUUCUCAUGUAGUUGAUGAAUACUUCUACCACAACAGCAUCAGCAUCACGGCUGAAGAUUCCACAUUGAAUACAUCAAUCAAGGCACUGGUCUUUUCUGAUGAAACAGGAAUUUCUAAAGGUUUGCAAAAGUACCUACACCCAGCAUCUAAAUAUAUAAGUUACUCAAAUAGCAAUACAGUGUUGGAAUGUGGACCUGAAUUACUUUGGUCGAAGCUGAACAUUUCAAAUGUGUGGAAAAACUUCCAGGAAAUUUUGUUCAUGUGGGGUGAUGCAGACCUUACAUCUCUUAAAUCAGAUGAUGUAUUGGACAACAUGGCAGGUUGUUGUGAAAUUUUCAGAAAGAUUGUUGGAUACCUCAAGGCUAAUCAUUUCCCCGGUGCUAUCAGAGUUAUAACCUAUAGGUCCUCUGAGAGUUUAGUGGAUUACAUAAGUCCUGGGUUUGUACUGUUGGGUAUGACAAGAGCAUGUGCAGCUGAGUUGUCAGAACUCUCCUUUCAGCUGAUUGACUUGGGAUCUGUUUCCUCUGAAGAUAUCAAAGCAUUGGCUCAGGUCCUUAGAUCAUACCCCUGCAGCAAAUAUCCAGAGCUGAUAGUGAAAGAAGGCACAAUUCUCAAACCUGAAAUCAUCCACACACCAUUGCCAAACAUGAAGAACACACCAAAAAGUGUCCACAUGUUGGAUGAUGAAGCCUUCACCUUGCAAACAUCUGAUCCAUAUGAAAUAAUAAAUAUAUCAGCUACACAAGGGGCCAAUUCGGUUGAACCGAUUCAGCGACUAAACAUUGAGGUUCAACUCAGUAAAAUGUGUGUGCAUUCAUCAGACUACUUUCCUGUCAGCACCUCUGAAUUCACUUACGGUCAGACAAUUUAUUGGAACAAGCACACAACUCAAAACCACAAACUUUUAGCCCUUGAUUUCAGUGGGAUUGUCACAGCUGUGGGUAAGGAUGUUAAGAAAAUAAAAGUUGGGGACCAUAUUGUGUGUUGUUAUCCUGUGGCUGCCACCUCCAAAGUCAUUCUCCCAGCAUCUGUUUGCUACAAAACAAAAAGACUUUCAUUCAUGACGGACAACCCUUGUGUCUCCUUUUUGGUCCUGGCCUGGGAGAUUCUGCAUAAAAAUUUACCAAAGGCCAAGCAUCAUAGGAAAUUAGGCAUUUUCUCGAGUGUUCUUGACUCAUCUUUGAUGAAGGUUUUAACUACCUCUGCAAACAAAUCAGGUUGGAUCAUCAGAGUGAGCACACAGGAGGAUCAGAUUGCUUGUGAUUUUAGCGAGGUUGAAGGAGCUGUUCUUCUUCCUCCAUAUAAUGAAAGGAUAAUUGAAACAGUUACCAAACAUAAAGUCAUCAAAGAUGUUGUUCUUGUCUGUGACAUUCCAGUAGAUCCUAAAACAUUCAGAUGUACCAAUACUGAAGUUCACAUCCAUUUCCUCUUCAUGUCUCAAAUAAUGCAGAAAUGGUCUCUGCAUACAAAUAUGCCAAAAGUCUACCGCUGGCUGAAAUCCAUGCAUUUGGACAGAAAGUCUUUGGCUUUCAACACAACAACCUUUCAAAGAGGGAAUUCUCAAGACAUUGAUCCCCUCUCUGUAAAAGAAUCUGAUUCAUACUUCACAAGUCAAGUUCUACCCAUCAUGAUCCUGAAUAAUGAUUACAAGAACCAGCUGUCAGACAUUCCAAUGAUGCCUAAACUCAGUGUUUUCAAGAAAAAAUCAGUCUAUAUCGUCACAGGUGGUCUGACAGGGCUGGGAUAUGAGACAGUGAAGUUCAUUGCUCAGAAAGGAGGAGAAAAUAUUGUAAUUCUUUCAAGGAGCAGUCCAAAUACUCAGAUUCAACAAGAUAUACAGAAUGUCAUGGAUCAUUAUGGUUCUGUCAUUAAGUGUCUACAGUGUGAUGUUUCCAUAUCAGAACAAGUUCAACAAGCAAUUCUUCAUAUUGGAAAACUUUUUCCAUCCAGUUCAAUCAAAGGAGUCUUUCACAGUGCAGUUGUCCUGCAUGAUGGGCUAAUUGAAAGUCUUGACAAAUCGCUUUAUGAGAAAGUCAUGAGACCAAAAGUUAAUGGAGCACUUAACCUUCACCGUGCUACUAAACAAUGUCAUCUGGAUUACUUUGUGUGCUAUUCCUCGAUCUCCGCCUUCAUUGGCAACGCAUCACAGACAAACUAUGCAGCUGCUAAUACAUUCAUGGACACUUUCUGCCAGUACCGCAGAAAUAUUGGACUUUCAGGACAGUCAAUCAACUGGGGGGCUUUGAAUCUUGGUCUCCUGUUGAACAAAGUGCAUGUCCAAAGAUUUCUUGAGGCAAAGGGAAUCAUGCUACUGGAAAGACCAGAAAUUCUUGAAUGUCUGGAGCAAUCCCUCUUGAUUAAUAAACCUCAACAGGUUGUAUGCAAGUUCAAUUUCAAAAACAACUUGCAUAAUGUCCUCAGUCAAAACAAGUCUUUGAGUGCCCGACUUUACAGACUAAUAGAGGAAGCCGUGAGGAAAGACAGAAUUAUCUUAUCCAGACCUGAGCAGCCCAUCACAUCACCACAUGAAUAUAUGAGGUCACUGAUUAGUGAAACAACUGGUGUUGAAAUGAAUGAACUGAAUGAUGAGACUCAUCUUUUCGAUUUAGGCAUUGAUUCAAUGUUAGCCAUGACUGUGCAAAAUAAUAUCUUCAAAGAGAGAGGUGUGAAUGUCCCUCUAGUGACUCUACUGGAUCCAAAUAGUACACUGUCAAGUCUCAUAAAAAUCCUGGAGGAGAAUUCUGUAGAAGACUAAAUGAGCAAAGAUCAAAGCAUAUCCACAAAUCUAUAGUGACAAUUGUAUUGUUCAAGAGCAAUAAGACUGCAUGGAAAUCCAUGACAUUUUCAUGUAAAUGUUCUUUGUAUAAUUAAUAGAUUUGGUUCAUUUUUAUUGCUAAAAUAAUUAUUUUAACUGUAGUUAAUGUUUAGCUUGACCCUUGUUUCUCAGGUUAUGUACCUCGUUUCUCAGGUUUUGUACCAGGAAACCAGGUUUUGUACAAAUAGUUCUAGGUGAAAUCCUACCUAUAAUCUUGCAUCUUUUGUGUACCUAUCAAACCAUUGCUUUUAUGUUUUUAUAAUUGUUUUUAUACCAAUGUUUUUAUUCUUAUUUUUUACGUUUUGUGCUGAGAUUCUGAUAGAUAUACACUAAGGGGGGUUUCCCUGACAAGGAUUAGCUUCAGCCUGGACUAUGCUUUAGUUAAAAUAUGAAAUUUAAGUCAAUUUUAAAUAAUUACCUUUACAAAUCUUAAGAGAACACAAUCACACUGAUAGAUUUAUAUGUAUCAAUGUAAGUUGUUUUACUUCAUUUGAUAAACCACUAACAAACAAUGCCCGAAGAGUACCAUGAUAUUUUUAAAAUGGUGUAUAAUAAACUGAUACAAGAUUGUUUAUUGUAAAAACUA